UACUGAGAACAUAUUUAUGAAGUAUAUGUAUAUAUGAAUGUUUUAUGUAUCAUCAUCUUAAUAUGUCUAGAUUUCACUAGAAUUAAGUUGAUUUUAUUACACAUUUUUACAAUAUUCAACGUUUAGGCAAAACGUUUUCGGAGAAUGUUUAAUGUGAUAUUCAUGCUCCUUUGUAGUAAAUAAAAGUUAUCUGAGACGUUGUUAUACAUAUAGAUUUUGUUAUAUUUUUGUCGGUAGUCUAAUCAUGAUGAUAGAUGUUUAAUUUUUUUGGAUUAAAUCAGUAUAGUAGCUUUGUCAUUUCAAUAUGCGAUAUAUGGAAUGUUAGUUCUGUCCUUAUCAUGUUUUAUUCGAAUCGAAGCUGUGAAGUACAUUUUAUGUUCAUUGAAGUUUUUCACUCAGAUCAUUUACAGUUCACUGUUUCUUUGUAGAAUAGUAAAACCCAAAAUGUAUUUUCUCUUUUAUUUGCAUUACAGUACAAUAAUUAGGUCAAUAUCUGCCGGAGAGUCCUCGAACGCUUCUUGGUAAUCAUCAUCCACUGCUUCUGCACCUAGAUUGAGGAACAGUCUCCCUAUGUUUUUCCGCUCUUGUGAUGCGCUAUCCACUUUCAAUACCCGACUAAAGACAUGCCUAUGAUAAAUGCUCUUGUUAAGGUUGUUCCCGCAGGUGUUUCAAUCUACUAGUUUUACUCCUACUUCAACAACUUCGAAAAUCGGACCCCGAUUGUUGCAGUUCUACUUUUGAGAUGGCAUCAAGUACUGGAUACACCCUUGUAUUAUUUGUUUUGCUUUUUGCAAACAUUAUAAUCAUUAAUUUGUGGUGGGACCAAGACGCUUUAUAUAUGAAACGUUUUGCUACAGUACAACCUCUGCCGAUUCCGAAGGGGGUGACAUCUGGCAACCUGUACAAUGCAUCGCCUGCUGAACCUGAAACUUCGCAUAGCCAUCCUUUAUGUCCGAAUCGGAAACUGAGAAAUAUUCCCCAUUUCUCGUAUCCCCCCGCUACACCAAGGCAUUGGGUUACACAUAUGGACACGACAAGCGGUACCUUGAGCCGAUUCACCAUCGUCAAUGACAAGGAAUCUUAUUCCGUAUGCGACCAACUCGAACUCUUAAUCGAAGCACGGAACGGCUACGAUGAGCCCAAGACUUACGGUGGCGAUUUCUUUAGCGCCAAGAUCUUCACUCAAAACGGGUCUUUUAUUGCAGGCUCGGGGACAGAUGGAGAGGUUCUUGACCUUGGUAAUGGGAAUUAUAGCGCCUUCUUCACUCUAAAGUGGGCCGGGACUGUCCGUAUCAAUGUCACUUUGAUUGUCCCGAGUGAAGCUGUUUUUGAACAACAAAACCUGAAGGAAACAUUGCAGCCUCUUGUCAAUUAUCUGGGGAAAUUCAGCAAGAAGAUAGAUGGAAAAGAUGUAACAGAAGAAGUGAGAUGUGGUAGCGUGCCCGUUUACAGAUUGACGUCCAUAUGCAACCUAACUAAUCCUUAUGUGGGAUUAACAUGGUACUGUCAGAAACCUAAUUCAAGCCUUCUCUCUUGCGCCGAUUGGACGGAGGUUACGUCACUUCCUUAUGAUACCAACAAAAUGAUCGAAGACCAAGCUUACAUCAGGAGGUCGUCUGUAGUUCAUCGCCCUGCAGCUCCAAUCGUGGGCCUUCCCAAUCACGUGACAGUAAACAGCAAGUCUGAUGACUUUAUAAAUGAACAAGUGGAUCGUCUACCGGUGUGUGGCCAACAACAUGCCCGCUUUCAAGUUAUACCUUGGGUGGCGGGCUUCUACCGGAAUAAACGUUGGUUUCCUCCCACUUGCAAAGUGAAACUCUUCACCGGUAAGGAGUGCAAGAAGUGUCUGGCCAACAAGAACAUCUACAUUUACGGUGAUUCGACCAUCAGACAAGCGUAUUCUCAAUUGGUUAAAUUAAGUGGGGCCAAAUACCCCGCAGGACAAUCUAUAGGUCCUGUUGAUACAUACGUAGCUGAACACAACAUUCAUUUGCAUUACAGCUUUCAUAACAUUCCUAUACUUCACAAAAACUUCUGGCAUAAAUUAAGUAUCCUUCGAUUCGUUACAAAUGAACUGGAUGCCAUCGGGUCUAAUGAGACCGUUGUCGUUGUCAUAAGUCUCUGGGCACAUUUUCAAGCUGUUAACAGGCAGUUAUACGAGCAGCGGAUCAAGUCCAUUGCUGAUGCCGCCCGGAGGCUACUCAACAGAAACCCUACGGCAGUUGUCAUGUUUAAGGGUGGAAAUACCCAAAAUCCUUACGGGUCGAGGGUCCAGUAUGCAAAUGAUCACUACGCACGAGACAAUGAAGAAGCCCUGAGACGCAUCCUCAAGUCGUAUCCAAAGUUACAGUUUAUUGAUGCUUGGGAUAUGAGUAGAGGACAACUUGCCCCUGCUGAUACUCAUCCUCCGGAACCUCAUUUGUCAAACUUAAUCGAUCAAAUUCUGACAAUAGCUUGCCCUAGAUCUAUUUGAGCGCAGCAGAGUAACGUUGAGUACUGGGGGUGUUUCACAAAGAUCCUAAGUCGAACUUAACUCUAAGUUGGACUUAAAUAUUAUGGAGAGCCAU